ACAACUUGACACCGCCUCACGCUUCAGCUUACCGAAGCGAGCUGAUUACAGCUGAGGCAUAACACACAGAUAGCGGCUGAGUGAGGAGUAGAAGGGACCGGGUGGAGAGGAGGACAGUCGCGAAAGUAGCUCCUCCAUUGGUGGAGGUCAUCGUUUAAGAAAACUGGGACCUGCUGAUGAGGCGGGAAGGAACACGUAAAUAUGUCACAGGAGGGAGACUGCAAGGAAGUAACGAAUAACGGGUUGACACUAACUGGCUGCUACCUGUCCUGAAAGAGGACCUACGCUCACUUUGCUGGGAAAAUAGCAAGAGAAGUUUCAGACUCACUUUGUUUCAAAACGUAGAUAAUCCUUUAUCUUUCGUGGAAUGAGUCUUAAAGUGUGAUUAAGGGGACCAUUUAUCAACAAGAUAAAUUAGUAAGGUACGAAAAAAUUCCUUCUCGUAGAGUCGACCACCUAUGUGAGGCCAGCUCUGAGUCCCUUGUGCAAAGAUAACACUUAACUUUGGCAAAGAAGCAAGGCCAUGCGUGACGCUUUGCUGGUUACCUGUUCUUCUGUAAAGACUUCAUCAUCUCCCUCGAUGUCAUGGCGGCUCUGGAGGUAUUUUCUGGCUUACCUUUACCUGGCGCAGCUGUUCCUAAAGCAGUCCUCUUGCCGCUCCUUGGAGUGGCACACUGCGUUUGUGAGCACCACCUAUCUGGACCCUGAUUCUAAUGUGACCGUCAGUGAGCAUACAGAGAGCGGCCGCUAUGGGGACAGCUCCCCCAAAGACACGGUGCAAGGCUACGUGGGUAUCCCUCGCACCAUCAAGGACAUGGAGGGCUGUGACGCCAGCGCUGACUAUUACGUCCCUUCGCUUGGCGGUGCCGACCUACCGGAGUCCUGGAUUGCCCUAGUGGCCCGAGGGAGUUGUACCUUCAAGGACAAGGUGCUGAACGCUGCCCGAAAAAACGCGGUGGCCGUGGUGAUCUACAAUGAAGCGCGCCUGGGAAACGCCACCGUACCGAUGUCUCACAUUGGGACUGGCAGCACAGUUGUGGUUAUGGUUGGAUAUCCUAAAGGGAUUGAAAUUUUAGAGAUUGUACGGCGAGGGAUUCCAGUAAGGAUGUCAAUUUCUGUUGGAACGAGACAUGUACAGGAGUUUCUCAGUGGACAAUCAGUGGUUUUUGUAACCAUUGCUUUUAUUGCAAUGAUGAUCAUUUCGCUAGCUUGGCUAAUUUUCUACUAUAUACAAAGAUAUCUAUAUGCAGGCUCACAGUUUGGAAAUCAGAACAACAGAAAGGAAACCAAAAAAGCUAUCAGCCAGCUCCUGCUGCACACUGUUAAGAGAGGAGACAAGGAAAUAGAUGUCGACUUGGAAAACUGUGCUGUAUGUAUUGAAACCUAUAAGCCUAAAGAUGUUGUCAGAAUUCUUCCUUGCAAGCAUGUGUUCCAUCGCACAUGUAUUGAUCCAUGGUUGCUGGAUCAUCGAACCUGCCCAAUGUGUAAACUCGACGUUAUAAAAGCUCUUGGCUUUCUGGUGGACACGGAAGAGGUUCUUGAAGUGGCCAUCCCAGAUUCCUUGCAAGACAGCGUGACCAUUGGCAGCGUUAGCGCAUCCCUGCAAGAAGAUGCAGAUAACGAGGCUAGUACCAGCAGCACACCAUCCCAGCAGGAGGCACAACUGGAAAGGGAGCCUGUGGAAGAGGCAGAGGAGUCAGUAGCUUUACUUGAUGAGAAUCAGAGAUGUGAGAUGAAACGUGACAAGGGUCUGCCGACAGUGGACAACACAGGCUGCUGCUGAGUACUGGUGACACAUGAGGGCCUGAUCGUGUCGUGUCCCAGUUUACUUGUAACUUAAAAGACAUUGUGGUCUGGUGUCAAGAUACUCCAAAUAAUAUAUAAAAAUAUAUUUUAUGUAAUGCCACCUUUCAAAGAAAUAUUCUAUUUCAAAAUGCUGAGAUUAGAAUAGUUUUGAGCAGAACUAGGUUUACCUGCAGUAAAGUAAACCAAGAAUGUCACUUUCUGUGUAGGCAGUCUCUUUCUGUUUAUACUGUAGUUAGCCAUUUCGCAGUAAAGACUGUCGAGUGUUCAUCUGGGUAAGAUCAGACUGGGUGGGAGCGGAUUGCUAAAUCAUUAACAAUUACAGCUUCAGCAGACGGGGCUUGACUUGUAGGACAGGCAGUUUGCAAAUGGCAGUCCUUCCCGACAAGCAUAGAAUUUUACCAUGUGCUCAGAGUUUUUUAAUGGAAACCUCUGCUCAGAGAGUUCAGCAGCACCAUUCAAGAGUUUACAGAUCCCAUUCAUUGCCGUGUGAUGGAAUUGUCAGGACUUCAAGUGAAAAUGGCUUUGGCUGCCCUUGUGUACUAGGAUCCAGAGCAAACCGAUAAAACUUCAACGCUACCUCAUUCAGCAUUCAGUUUUUCCUUCUUCAGUAGUCCCAUUCCCCUGGCCACCUAUUCAUCUUCAGGAUCUGCUCAGCACUAGUAUAGGAAAUAUUCCUGCUACCAAACUGUUUCCUUAAGGCUUCCAUAUAAGAUAGUGAAUGGUAGCACGUUUGGUACCUUUGCUACUUGCAUUUUUAUACUUUAAUAACUGCAGUGAUGCAUCCUGUGCUAGACCAGCACUACCCUUAGCCUCUCCCAUUUUGUUUCUCACAGUGCAACAUGUGGAGGUUGGCAGAAUGCUUACCAGUUGCCAGGUUUCUCAUAUCUGAAUGUUCCUCCUUUUUAUCACAAGACAAAAAAAAACUAAUUAACGUGGGAAACUCAUAAUUUCCAAAUGUGAUGAGUUAUGUGGGAAGACAACAUUAAAUCUUAGUUAAAAGUUCCAUCGAGACCAGAUGAGGAGUUGCUGAGAUGUAAGCUCCACCUUUUGACAGAAAUGGAGAAGUGGGACGAGCUGAUGGCCAGUCUUACACUGACAUUUCAUUCCUGUUGCUUUUCAGCAGUCUUCCAGCACGGACUUUCUUUGCUCUGCACAUUGUCAAGAGUUGCCCUGUGAAAUGUUAGAAGCGAAGAUGGAUCUCUGACUUUACAAAAUCUCAGCAUGUUACCCACAAACCUUGUGACUCUGGAACCUUUCAUCCAAAACAUGCAGCAGUUGUUACAUUCUGCAUCACGUCAGUGAAUAUUGGGAGAUAAAUUCAGAAGGACUUGAUUUGUUAGGUUUGGCCAAAAUAAUUAUUUCUGUUGGCAUUACAGUGAAUGCAUAUCCUGUAACUAACAGUAUAAAAAAACAGGAUAUAAAGGCAGAAAGAAAAAGUUUAAAUUUCAAAGUCACCCCUGCAGUCCUGGUGAAGGCACCUUUGCUAGAGAUAAGCUUGAAAAUGCACUUUUUCUUUUUUCUUUUGUCAAUUCCACAUAUACCAGUUCCACCGAGUCUGACUAUCAAAUCAGUGUUAAAAUAUUAAUAAUAAUAAUAUGCAUGACCUGGUUGGCUGUUACCAGACGACAUAUUCCUUAAGGUGAAUUUACCUUUGUGAAAUGUGGGCACAUUUAAACAUGUAAUGGGGUCAGUGUUGACACCCAAAAUUAUAUUUUAUACCUACUGGUAGUAUAAAAUGAUGAAUCUAAUGUCAACCACAGGGCUGGAAUCAGUCUGGGCAGCAUCAUUCACAAAGCAAGAUGACAGGGAGGCAGGCCAGCAUGGCACGCACUUGUAGGCACAGCUAGACUGCAUCCCACAAAGCCAGUCUGGAGUCACCAGUGUGGGUUAUGAGAAGAACAAAAUGGAGUACCUGGGAAAGAAAGACAUGGGCGAACGUGCACACUCUACGUGGGUGAUAACUGGGAUGGGAUUCCAAGUCUGUGCUGAUCGUUACACCGUCGUGCUGCCCUGUAUAGGGAAACAUCAAUUUAAUUUAGAAAUCAACAUUACAAUGACUAAAGCACAGUUAAAUCAUGUUUACAGUUAAAUGAGGUCAUCGUUAUAUACCUUAUUAAAUGCAUUGUGCUUUUUCUGGCUGACUCAAACUGCUUCAUAAAUUAAACAACCAGACUUUAUUUUAAAUUGUGCCUUUCUGUACCAAACACCAUCCCAAGGCACUUAUAUAUAAUUUUUUUAAACAGCCAGUUGACCCCCCCAUGACACUAUAGUUAGGAUAUAGCGGGUUGGAUAAUGGAUGGAUGGAUGAACCAGCAUAGUUGUGGUUUAGUGACCAGUUCUUUUUCUUCUUCUAUUUCACACUUCAAAACUCAACAUUUUUGUAAUGUAUGUUUGUUUAAAAGCAAAAAAAAAAUGGCCUAAUAAUUUUUUUUUUUUUGGACAGUUCAUCUGCCAAGUUGCAUUUCUGAUCUUAAAAGUCAUUUGGCAAGUGUGAGAGGACAGCUAGAGACAACAUGGCAGACCAGUGCUGGCAAGAAGUAGUUCUUCUUUGUUAACAAAAUGUUCACGUUUCAAAGAAAUAUUUGGCAAACGUAACGUUUGUGAUGCAAUGCCCUAUUAAUAGAAAGGUACAUUGGAGAGAUUUUGAGAAUACUGUGUGUCACUUUGAGGAAAAAAAAAAUGAGCAUUUGGACAAACAUUCCAAAUAAUCAAAAAUCUAUAAAAAUGGCCAGUGGCCUUGACGGAGAUCCUGCCAGGCCCUCAGAUGAGCGAGAGUAGACUUGACCUUUUCCUAGCUAAUGUCCGUGUGCUGUCCAGUUUUGUGUUCGACUCUCUGGUUUAGGUGUUCACAUCACAAGCACAACUCCUACUGCUGAAAUGGGACAUCAAACAUCAUUUUGUUUGUAGCCUACAACGACUAAUGUAUUGCUUAACAAAAGACUGUGUUAUUUUUGGAAAAUAUGCAUUAAAAUAUGAAAAGUUCUUACUAA